GACCAACAUCUCCUCUCCCCAGUGAACUGCUGGUACCUGGUCCUCAACCAGACACGUCGAGAGAGCAAAGACCAUGCCACCCUCAAUGAUAUCUACACGAACAACGUGAUUGUCCGCCUGAUGCAGAUCAGUGAAGAUGUAAUACGGCUCUUCAAAAAGAGCAAGGAAAUUGGCCAGCAGAUGCAUGAGGAGCUGUUAAAGGUCACCAAUGAGCUGUACACUGUAAUGAAAACAUACCAUAUGUACCACGCAGAGAGCAUCAGUGCGGAGAGCAAGCUGAAGGAGGCUGAGAAGCAAGAAGAGAAGCAGUUCAGCAAAUCAGGGGACAUAAGCGUGAAUCUGCUUCGGCAUGAGGACAGGCCACAGCGUCGGAGCUCCGUGAGGAAGAUCGAGAAAAUGAAGGAGAAGCGUCAAGCCAAGUAUUCUGAAAACAAACUGAAGUGCACCAAAGCUAGAAAUGACUACCUGCUUAACCUUGCAGCGACGAAUGCUGCAGUGGCCAAAUACUACAUCCAUGACGUCUCCGACCUGAUCGACUGCUCUGAUUUGGGAUUCCAUGCCAGCCUGGCUCGCACCUUCAGGACGUUCCUCUCAGCAGAAUAUAAUCUUGAAACAUCUCGACACGAGGGCCUAGAUAUCAUUGAAAAUGCUGUGGACAACCUGGAUGCAAGGAGUGACAAGCACAAGGUCAUGGACAUGUACAACCAAAUCUUCUGUCCACCCACUAAGUUUGAAUUCCAGCCACACAUGGGAGAUGAGGUUUGUCAGGUGAGCGCUCAGCAGCCAGUGCAAACAGAACUUCUCAUGAGGUAUCACCAGCUGCAGUCCCGCCUGGCCACCCUGAAGAUCGAGAAUGAAGAGGUCAGGAAGACAUUGGAUGCCACCAUGCAAACACUGCAAGACAUGCUAACCGUGGAGGACUUUGACGUGUCUGAUGCAUUCCACCACAGUCGAUCUACUGAGUCAGUCAAAUCUGUCGCCUCUGAAACCUACAUGAGCAAACUCAACAUUGCAAAGAGGAGAGCCAACCAACAGGAGACCGAGAUAUUCUACUUCACAAAAUUUAAGGAAUACUUGAAUGGAAGUAAUCUGAUCACAAAGCUUCAGGCAAAGCAUGACCUACUAAAGCAAACACUGGGGGAAGGUGAAAAGGCUGAGUGUGGGACUUCAAGGCCCCCAUCGCUUCCCCCUAAGCCACAGAAAAUGAGGAAGCCUAGGCCUCGCUCACAAUAUAAUCAUAAAUUGUUUAAUGGCGAUAUGGAGACCUUCAUACAGGAUUCUGGACAACCCAUCCCACUUGUGGUGGAGAGCUGUAUUCGAUUCAUCAAUCUCUAUGGGUUACAACAGCAGGGUAUUUUCCGUGUUCCUGGCUCUCAGAGUGAAGUCAAUGACAUCAAGAAUGCCUUUGAGAGAGGUGAGGACCCCCUAGUGGAUGAUCACAACGAGCAUGAUAUCAACUCAGUAGCCGGUGUCCUGAAGCUGUACUUCCGAGGCCUGGAAAACCCACUCUUCCCCAAGGAGAGGUUCCUGGAUUUAAUCUGCUCCAUCAAGAUCGAGAGUGCAAUCGAGAGGACUCACCACCUCCAGCAGAUCAUAGUGACCCUCUCACGGACAGUCAUCAUUGUGAUGAGAUAUCUCUUUGCCUUCCUCAACCACCUGUCCCAGUACAGUGAUGAAAACAUGAUGGACCCUUAUAACCUGGCAAUCUGCUUCGGGCCCACCUUGAUGCCAAUCCCUGAUGGCCAAGACCCUGUAUCCUGCCAGGCACAUGUCAACGAGGUCAUCAAAAGCAUCAUCGUGAACCAUGAGGGUAUCUUCCCAAGCCACAAGGAGCUGGAGGGGCCAGUGUACGAAAAGUGCAUGACAGGAGGCGAGGAAUACUGUGACAGCCCUCACAGCGAGCCUGGCGCCAUUGAUGAAGUGGACCACGACAAUGGCACUGAACCACACACCAGUGAUGAUGAGAUGGAGCAGAUCGAAGCCAUCGCCAAGUUUGACUAUGUUGGCCGGUCGCCCCGGGAGCUGUCGUUUAAGAAAGGAGCCUCUCUGCUGCUGUACCACCGGGCGUCCGACGACUGGUGGGAAGGACGGCACAAUGGAUUGGAUGGUCUGAUACCCCAUCAGUACAUCGUGGUCCAGGACAUGGAUGAUGCCUUCUCGGACAGCCUCAGCCAGAAAGCAGACAGCGAGGCCAGCAGUGGCCCACUUCUGGAUGAUAAGGCCUCGUCGAAGAAUGAUCUCCAAUCUCCAUCUGACCACUUGCCAGAGUUUUCCUUUGGAGGGAUCCUGGGCAGGGUGCGGUUGAGGUCAGACGGUGCUGCAAUUCAGCGGCGUCGCAGUGGUGGUGAUGCACACAGCCCAGUCAGAGCGUCAGGGCCAGGCAUUGACACCCCCCCACGGGCCGCAGCAUGCCCCAGCAGCCCCCAUAAAAUCACUGUCAGCCGGGGCCGCAUGGAGAGCCCGGAGAAAAGGCGGCUGGCCACCUUCGGGAGCGCCGGCAGCAUCAAUUACCCAGAUCGGAAGAACAUCGGAGACAGCCAUCCCAUGAGGCAAACAUCUCUGUCCACUCGCCACAGCAGUCUCGGAGAUCACAAGGCUCUGGAGACAGAAGCACUGGCUGAGGCUCUCGUGAAUGAAAAGGGAUCAGAAUCAACCAUCACGUGAAUGGAACGCGAUGCUUAGGGGAGCAGUGAGAAGUUUUGAGAAGCAACUGAUGACAUUAGAGAUGAGUGCUGUACAAAAUGUAAUGCACUUUUGCUCAGUAAAAGCUGUGGGCAGAGAGGGACAGUCCGUUGCAUCUUUUAGGGUUGUCCAACAUUCCCAUUCUACUGAGAAAGUGUGCUGCAAAGCCAGGCCCAGCAUAGCAAACAGUUCAUCCAAGCAGGGUACAUAACGCAUACUGGACUGAUACACUUGGAAUGAGGCCUGCCACACAAUGGAUCCAGCAUACGUCAGUGCAAUCCCAGGCCCCAUUGGAACCAGGCCUUGCACACAUGGAACCAUCCGGGCACAUGGCGGAACAAAGCCCAUCUCACACACAGUCAAUUCUGGUACAAAAAUCAAUGUAAACCCAGCACACGCUGAACCAGACCUGGACCCUAAUUGAACGAACAUCUAGUGGAAGCAGGGAUAUUUUGUAUUUAAUGAGAUCCAGCAUCUGUCAGGAUUUGAAAAAGCACACAAUCCCACCAUGGCCAACACACAUGGAGCCAAACCCCAGCUGCACAUGGUAGAAACACAGGCAACAUGCUAUUGAACUGGGCCCAGCACACAUCUUCGUAAGCCUCCCUAUAGUGUUCCUCCAGGCCCACAUAUGAUUAAGCUCUUGUUUUUUUUUUGCAACGCCAGCCUUCGAAGGCAGCCCACCAAGGUAUUAGCAGGAGAUCUGCCCAGUGGAUGGAAUGGGCCAAGGCACUGUAGUAAAUAUCUGACAAGAACACACAGCAUGAGCCAAAGAGAAAAUAUGAAGUCUGGUCCCUGUGCCUGACCUGCUACCACUGAUUGGCCAGUCAGCCAGAAACAUUCCCUACAUAGCCUGAGCUCCAUGGUAGAGGGACAUUCAUAAUCUCACUUGAGCCUGGUCAGUUGAGCUUCAGCACAAAGCCACCAGACAUUGGCCUGGAUUUUCUGAUCCUGCCCACAGCAGGAAUCAUUGCAGGCGGGAUGGAAAGUUUGACAGACCAGCCAAAGGUCUGUUGACGUCGGGCGGGAAUUUCCAGUCCCACCGUGAGCGGGACCGGAAAAUCCUGACCUUUGAGUUUGUGGGUAAACCUGGGAAUCGCAACUCUGGUUGGAUGUGUUCCAGAAGUUUCCAUCAAAUGACCAUCCGCCUCCAACUACCCCACCCCCACACUGUCACCACUAGGUGCACGACACAUCAGGUGCAUGACACAUCAAUCCUCCCAGUGCCCGGCCUACCUGCGCCACGUGGACAGUGAAUAGAGGCCUGAUUAGAUACAGACUCUAAGGUCAGGAUUUUCCAGCCCCACCAUGCCGGGACCCACCAGGGGAGAUUUGGCAGCCCAGCCAAAGGUCCAUUAAAUGUCGAUGGGACCAAUGAUCCUGGCGGUGGGUAGGGCCGGAAAAUCCUGCCCAAGGUCAUCCAAUUGAAUGAUUGAUAACUUUUGGUUAAACAACCCUUUCUCCCCCUAUCCAAUAUUUUUAUAACAGAAACUGAAAAAAAAACGCUCUAUUAACUGGCCUAAUGAUAUUCCUCUCCUGGGUUUUACUCUUAGCAGCAUCCUGGCAAUUAAUCUUUAAUUCCUCUACACUCCAGGGAAAUCCUGGUGGGCUGGCAGCCCACAGUAAAUCUCAACACUGCUACCACUCCUUAGAAUCAGCCUUACAAGGGUGAUGUUGGUGGAGGCCACUGUACAAGGUUCACUAGCUAUCACAUAUUAUCAUGUACCUUGUACUUUAUAUUCUGUAUUCGACCGAUGUAAUGCUUGAGAAACUUCUGUAACCAAAAGACUUGCAAUAAAAUUUGUUUUGGGAAAAAGAA